AUGCAGUUCACUAGAAAUCGUGCCGGAGAACAGAUUCUGGACGUGCAAGAGGAUAAACAAGCAGAGAUGUAUCAAGUGGAUGAAGAAAUCGAUGCAGCAGAAACUGCAGAGAAGGAGCGUGCAGCAGCUGCUGCUGGCGGUCGGUAUUGCUUCCAGAAUCGCGGAGAUGCUCGGCAAGUAGAUCGAAGGUCCGAUGAGAACACCUGCAGAGUGACAAACCUUCCUCAAGAAAUGGAAGAAGCCGAACUUCGAGAGCUAUUUGCAGCCAUUGGAAGAGUCGUGCGUGUGUUUAUUGCUAGAGAUAAGAUCACAAAUCAGCCGAAAGGAUUCGCUUUCGUCACUUAUGAAAUGCGAGAGGAUGCCGAACGAGCGAUAGCCAAAUUGAACGGAAUACGAAAGCACCACAUGGUUCUCAAGGUUGAAUGGACUAGGUAUGUUGUACGAUUUCUUCCAUAA